AUGCGACAGCGAGCUGCCCAACGGCAAGUAAGCCUCAGAAAGGCAGAUGGCGACGAGGAGGGUACACUUGGCUCAACAUUUGCUGUUUCGGAAACGCCUUCCAAAUUCGAAAUAGAGGAUAACGUUGCAUAUUCCUUUACACAACCGAAAUGGCCAACAAAGCAGUCACGGGAGAAUGGCUUUGGCAUUCAAGACGAAGAGCUAAAGAAUUUUGAGAACACGGUAGGAAGGCCAGAUCUCAAUGAAGAUUUUAAAUGUAUCUAA